AAAAAGACUUGAAUAAUUCAUUCUUGUCAUCAAAACAUAAUUACUCAUUAUCUUCUUGUAGAGAAUUUUACACAUGAGUCCGUUGUAGUCUAGUUGGUUAGGAUAUUCGGCUCUCACCCGAAAGACCCGGGUUCAAGUCCCGGCAACGGAAUAUUCCUUUUUAUUACUUCCAAUUCAAUGCAACGGCCGCAACCAUCCAUGAAAAGAUCAGACAAAUAUUUGUAUUGCCACCAAGUUUUGCUACGGACUAAUGGCUGUCGUCUUCCGUCACUUUCUAAAAUCACCACUUCCCUCCCUUUCAUUUUCUUCUUCUUCUCUUUGCCUUCUCUCUUCUUUCAGUUCACCUUCACCCAGGCCUCAAAUUUUUGCAUCCUCUUUACCAGCAUCAUCUCCCAUGGACAACACUCCCAGAAAAUUCAUGGAUUUCCCAUUUGUCACUGCCCCACAUAGGAACUUAAUGAUUGAUCUCGUAUCAACGGUGGAGAAUCGACUCCAGUCUCAGCUCAAACCAUGCACCCUACCUCCUGAUGUACAAUAUUACUACAACCAAAGUGGAACCUCCCAGGGCUCACUUCAUAUCAGAUCAGGUCAUAGCUCUUCCCAGGUUGAUUUCAUACUAGGAAGUUGGUUACACUGUGAGCUGCCAACAGGGGGAGCACUGAACAUAACAAGCCUUUCAGCAUAUGUGAAUGCUUCCACAGAUGCACCACAUUUCCUUAUUGAGCUCAUACAGAGUAGCCCUACAUCGCUCAUUCUGAUUCUGGAUUUGACCCCUCGAAAGGACCUAGUCCUAUACCCAGAGUACCUUCAGACUUUCUAUGAAAACACUCGGUUGGACUCGCUUAGGCAAACGCUUGAGAAACUCCCGGAAGUUCGACCCUACUACUCUUCAGCUCUUUACAUUCGAUGUAUCACUUCUCCCACAUCAAUCAUGAUCCGUGUCAACACAGAUGGAGCUGAACCAGGACGCAUGGAGGAGAUUGUAAAGCAUCAUGUGGAUCCUGUGGCAAAAGAAGCACUAGGUAUAUGGUUGGAUCAAUGUGCUUGUGGUCAAAGAAAUGUGGAUGAGGCAGAAAAGGCAUAUUUGGAAAAGAGGGAUGGAUUGAUUAAGAGCAAGACCAUUGAGAUUGAUAUUGGCUCAAGCUUUCCAAGGUUGUUCGGGCCUGACAUAGCAAACCGCAUAAUAGGGGUGAUGAGGGAGGCAUACGAGGGAUGAAUGCUAAAUGUAAGCUCAUUGUUGUACGGUAACCAUAUUCAUCGGUAUAUACGAACAUGGCAUGUUCUACCUAUUUCUCUCUCUCUUUUAUGGAAAAUAACUUAAAUAACUUGUCUACUUAGUU